AUGGCCGCAGUAAAGGGAUGUAGAGCUCUGGUCACAGGAGCCAACCGUGGAUUGGGUUUGGAAAUAGUCAAGCAACUCCUGGAGGCCCAUUGCGCUAUAGUUUUUGCUGGAUGCCGUGACCCAGACGGACCCAAUUCUGAGGCACUGAGAGAACUGGCAAAGAAACAUCCUGGUGUUGUGACUCUUGUGCGCCUUGAUGUUGCUGAUCCAUCCAGUGUCAAAGAGUCUGUGAAGAAAGUGUCGUCUUUCCUGGGGAAUAGCGGCUUGAAUCUGCUGGUGAACAAUGCGGCCGUGCUGCCACAGAAAAGCAUGCUGACCACCACAGUGGAGGACAUGCAGGACACCUUUAACACCAAUGUGAUCGGACCUUUGUUAGUCACCAGGGAGUUUCUGCCUCACCUGCGUUCAGCAGCUAAAACCAGAGGCAAACCUGGCAUGUCAUGUGAUAAAGCCGCUAUAAUCAACAUCUCAACAGAUUCAGCCUCCAUGAGUCUCGUACACGCGUCGAAAGCGCCGUUUCCUCUCUUCCCUUACAGCAUCAGCAAGGCAGGUCUCAACAUGUUAACAGUUUAUACGGCUAUGGAGUCAAAGGAAGAUGAGAUCCUCUGUGUUUCCAUUCAUCCAGGAUGGGUGAAGACUGACAUGGGGGGAGAUAUGGCACCUCUUGAGUCAAGAGACAGUGUGGCGGGGAUUCUGCGGGUCAUGAGCAGCCUUACAGAGAAGGAACAUGGUGGAUUUAUGGACUACACUGGAAAAACAAUGCCCUGGUAAAACCAAAAUGACGC